AUGCAAUCCUCCUACACUCUCCGCUCCUCCCACACUCUCCGCUCCUCCCACACUCCCCGCUCCUCCCACACUCUCCGCUCCUCCCACACUCCCCGCUCCUCCCACACUCCCCGCUCCUCCCACACUCUCCGCUCCUCCCACACUCUCCGCUCCCACACCCACCUCCGCUCCUCCCACACCUGCUCCUCCCACACUCCCCGCUCCUCCCACACUCCCCGCUCCUCCCACACUCCCCGCUCCUCCCACACUCCCCGCUCCUCCCACACUCCCCGCUCCUCCCACACUCCCCGCUCCUCCCACACUCCCCGCUCCUCCCACACUCUCCGCUCCUCCCACACUCCCCGCUGGGAGGGACUUCACGUUAGCCAGUACCCUAUAGAACCCCAGAACGCCAAGGCACCCACUUCAGUGAUGCCCACACUGCCCUCAGAACCCCAGAGCCCCAAGGCACCCACUUCACACCCCAAACUGCCCUCAGAACCCCAGAGCCCCAAGGCACCCACUUCACACCCCACACUGCCCUCAGAACCCCAGAACACCAAGGCACCCAUUUCACACCCCACAGAACCCCAGAACCCCAAGGCACCCACUUCACACCCCACACUGCCCACAGAACCUCAGAACCCCAAGGCACCCACUUCACACCCCACACUGCCCACAGAACCCCAAGGCACCCACUUCACACCCCACACUGUCCACAGAACCUCAGAACCCCAAGGCACCCACUUCACACCCCACACUGCCCACAGAACCACAGAACCCCAAGGCACCCAUUUCACACCCCACACUGUCCACAGAACCCCAGAACCCCAAGGCACCCACUUCUCAUCCCACCUGCCCACAGAACCCCAGAGCCCCAAGGCACCCACUUCACACCCCACACUGCCCACAGAACCUCAGAACCCCAAGGCACCCACUUCACACCCCACACUGUCCACAGAACCUCAGAACCCCAAGGCACCCACUUCACACCCCACACUGCCCACAGAACCCCAAGGCACCCACUUCACACCCCACACUGCCCACAGAACCCCAAGAACCCCAAGGCACCCACUUCUCAUCCCACACUGUCCACAGAACCCCAAGGCACCCACUUCUCAUCCCCACACUGCCCAGAACCCCAAGGCACCCACUUAUCAUCCCACACUGUCCACAGAACCCCAAGGCACCCACUUCACACCCCACACUUCCCACAGAACCCCAAGGCACCCACUUCACACCCCACACUUCCCACAGAACCCCAAGGCACCCACUUCACACCCCACACUGUCCACUGAACCUCAGAACCCCAAGGCACCCACUUCACACCCCACACUGUCCACUGAACCUCAGAACCCCAAGGCACCCACUUCUCAUCCCACACUGUCCACAGAACCCCAAGGCCCCCACUUCGCAUCGCCCACUGUCCACAGAACCCCAGAACCCCAAGGCACCCACUUCUCAUCCCACACUGUCCACAGAACCCCAAGGCACCCACUUCAUCCCACACUGUCCACAGAACCUCAGAACCCAAGGCACCCACUUCUCAUCCCACACUGUCCACAGAACCCCAGAACCCCAAGGCACCCACUUCUCAUCCCACACUGCCCACAGAACCCCAAGGCACCCACUUCUCAUCCCACACUGUCCACAGAACCCCAGAACCCCAAGGCACCCACUUCUCAUCCCACACUGUCCACAGAACCCCAGAACCCCAAGGCACCCACUUCUCAUCCCACACUGUCCACAGAACCCCAGAACCCCAAGGCACCCACUUCUCAUCCCACACUGCCCACAGAACCCCAGAACCCCAAGGCACCCACUUCUCAUCCCACACUGUCCACAGAACCCCAGAACCCCAAGGCACCCACUUCUCAUCCCACACUGUCCACAGAACCCCAGAACCCCAAGGCACCCACUUCACACCCCACACUGUCCACAGAACCCCAGAACCCCAAGGCACCCACUUCACACUGUCCACAGAACCUCAGAACCCCAAGGCACCCACUUCACACCCCACACUUCCCACAGAACCCCAAGGCACCCACUUCACACCCCACACUGUCCACUGAACCUCAGAACCCCAAGGCACCCACUUCACACCCCACACUGCCCACAGAACCCCAAGGCACCCACUUCACACCCCACACUGUCCACAGAACCCCAGAACCCCAAGGCACCCACUUCUCAUCCCACACUGUCCACAGAACCCCAAGGCACCCACUUCACACCCCACACUGUCCACAGAACCACAGAACCCCAAGGCACCCACUUCACACCCCACACUGUCCACAGAACCCCAAGGCACCCACUUCACACCCCACACUGCCCACAGAACCCCAAGGCACCCACUUCACACCCCACACUGCCCACAGAACCCCAGAACCCCAAGGCACCCACUUCUCAUCCCACACUGUCCACAGAACCCCAGAACCCCAAGGCACCCACUUCACAACCCACACUGUCCACAGAACCCCAAGGCACCCACUUCACACACUGUCCACAGAACCCCAGAACCCCAAGGCACCCACUUCACACCCCACACUGCCCACAGAACCCCAAGGCACCCACUUCACACCCCACACUGUCCACAGAACCUCAGAACCCCAAGGCACCCACUUCACACCCCACACUGUCCACAGAACCCCAAGGCACCCACUUCACACCCCACACUGCCCACAGAACCCCAAGGCACCCACUUCACACCCCACACUGUCCACAGAACCCCAAGGCACCCACUUCACACCCCACACUGUCCACAGAACCCCAGAACCCCAAGGCACCCACUUCACACCCCACACUGUCCACAGAACCCCAGAACCCCAAGGCACCCACUUCUCAUCCCACACUGUCCACAGAACCCCAGAACCCCAAGGCACCCACAUCACACCCCACACAGUCCAUAGAACCCCAGAACCCCAAGGCACCCAGAUCCCACCCCACACUGUCCACAGAACCCCAGGCACCCAAGGCACCCACUUCACACCCACACUGCCCACAGAACCCCAAGGCACCCACCAGAACCCCAAGGCACCCACUUCACAGCCCACCCUGUCCACAGAACCCCAGAACCCCCAGGCACCCACUUAUCACCCCACACUGUCCACAGAACCCCAGAACCCCAAGGCACCCACUUCACACCCCACACUGUCCACAGAACCCCAGAACCCCAAGGCACCCACUUCACACCCCACACUGUCCACAGAACCCCAAGGCACCCACUUCACACCCCACACUGUCCACAGAACCCCAGAACCCCAAGGCACCCACUUCACACCCCACACUGCCCACAGAACCCCAAGGCACCCACUUCACACCCCACACUGCCCACAGAACCUCAGAACCCCAAGGCACCCACUUCUCAUCCCACACUGUCCACAGAACCCCAAGUCACCCACUUCUCAUCCCACACUGUCCACAGAACCUCAGAACCCCAAGGCACCCACUUCUCAUCCCACACUGUCCACAGAACCCCAAGUCACCCACUUCUCAUCCCACACUGUCCACAGAACCCCAGAACCCCAAGGCACCCACUUCUCAUCCCACACUGUCCACAGAACCCCAAGGCACCCACUCAUCCCACACUGUCCACAGAACCCCACAGAACCCCAAGGCACCUUCUCAUCCCACACUGUCCACAGAACCCCAAGGCACCCACUUCUCAUCCCACACUGUCCACAGAACCCCAGAACCCCAAGGCACCCACUUCUCAUCCCACACUGUCCACAGAACCCCAAGGCACCCACUUCUCAUCCCACACUGCCCACAGAACCCCAGAACCCCAAGGCACCCACUUCUCAUCCCACACUGUCCACAGAACCCCAAGGCACCCACUUCUCAUCCCACACUGUCCACAGAACCCCAAGGCACCCACUUCUCAUCCCACACUGUCCACAGAACCCCAAGGCACCCACUUCUCAUCCCACACUGUCCACAGAACCCCAGAACCCCAAGUCACCCACUUCUCAUCCCACACUGUCCACAGAACCUCAGAACCCCAAGUCACCCACUUCUCAUCCCACACUGUCCACAGAACCCCAAGUCACCCACUUCUCAUCCCACACUGUCCACAGAACCCCAAGUCACCCACUUCUCAUCCCACACUGCCCACAGAACCUCAGAACCCCAAGUCACCCACUUCUCAUCCCACACUGUCCACAGAACCCCAAGUCACCCACUUCUCAUCCCACACUGUCCACAGAACCCCAGAACCCCAAGUCACCCACUUCUCAUCCCACACUGUCCACAGAACCCCAAGUCACCCACUUCUCAUCCCACACUGUCCACAGAACCCCAAGUCACCCACUUCUCACCCCACACUGCCCACAGAACCUCAGAACCCCAAGGCACCCACUUCACACCCCACACUGCCCACAGAACCCCAGAACCCCAAGGCACCCACUUCUCAUCCCACACUGCUCACAGAACCCAGAACCCCAGUAA